CACCGCCUUCAGCUGGAGCCAUCCUCCGCAUCGCAUUCGCAGCUGCUGUCUCUUAAGAAGCUCAGCUCAGCUCAGCUCAGCGUCUCCCCCGAUUCGAUGGCUCCUCUCAGGCUAUCGCGAGCCAAUCCCCUGGCCUUCACUCGGUGGCCCGUCACCCUCAUCACCAUUCUCGUCUAUUUCGCCUUCGUCAUCCCUCUUCUUAUCGUUCACCAUGUUGUUCCGUCCCCUCCGAACUCUAACCCCAAAGGCCUGGACAUCCCCCAAGCCUGGGCCGAUCUGCAAGUCCUAACCGAUGGUUACCAUCCCUACAACUCCCGGCGCAACGAUGAAGUCCACGCCUGGCUCCUGCGCCGCAUCCAUGAGAUCCUCGACGCCGCCCCCUCACCCGACGAGUACCGAUCCGUCGAUGAGGAGAAGCCCGAGGUGUUCGUGUUCGAUGAUACGCGCUCGAACCUCACGUUCGUGGGUAACUCCCUGUCGAGUGCCAACACGGCUGUCUACUUCGAGGGCACCAAUAUCCUCGUCUAUGUCCGUGGCUGGGAGGAUGACGAGGAGCGCUGGUGGGAGGAACCCAACGGAGCACCCACCGGCAAGGGAGGAGUAUUGGUCAAUGCACAUUAUGAUAGUGUGUCGACGGGAUACGGAGCGACUGAUGAUGGUGUCGGUGUCGUGACUUGUCUGCAGCUGAUCAAGUACUUUAUAACGCCGGGCCAUGCGCCGCGCAAGGGGUUGGUCGUGCUCUUCAACAAUGGCGAGGAGGACUACUUGAACGGCGCGCGUGUGUACGGGCAACAUCCGAUUGCCAAGUUCCCGCACACGUUUGUGAAUCUGGAGGGUGCUGGUGCUGGGGGGCGUGCAAUCCUGUUCCGCAGCUCCGAUACGGAGGUUACUCGGCCAUAUAUGAGGUCGAAGUAUCCGUUUGGGUCUGUUUUGGCCGCUGACGGGUUUGCUACCGGGUUGAUUACCAGUCAGACGGACUAUGUGGUGUUCGAGGGCGAUUUGGGUCUGCGUGGGUUAGAUGUCGCCUUUAUGGAGCCGAGAGCCAGAUAUCAUACCGAUCAGGAUGACUCGAGACAUACCAGCAAGAAUUCCCUGUGGCACAUGCUUUCCGCAGCCGUUGCAACCACAGAGGGACUAGUGUCUGACUCCAGUAACCAGUUCGAUGGCGCGCCAAAGGACGAUGCGAAGGUGGCCAGCGGGUCUGGCUCCCGAGCUGUGUGGUUCGAUCUGUUUGGAACGACGUUCGUCGUCUUCCAGCUGCAUACGCUGUUUGCGUUGUCGGUGACACUGCUCGUGGUGGCGCCGCUGACUCUGCUGGGGACUAGUAUCGCUCUCACCCGCGCCGACAAGAUGUACCUGUUUAGAACUUCGGCGAAGGUGGAGGAUAGCCUUGAAACGGUUCCGCUGCAGGGUCUCCGGGGCUUCUUCCGUUUCCCGUUCCUCUUUGCGAUUCCUACGGCUGUCACCGUUGGCCUGGCAUACCUGGUGACCAAGGUCAACCCGCUUAUCAUCCACAGCAGUGAAUACGCCGUCUGGAGUAUGAUGCUCUCGGCAUGGGCCUUCCUGGCCUGGUUCGUCUCGCGCGUGGCCGAUUUUGCUCGUCCGUCCGCGCUGCACCGUGUCUACACGCUGACCUGGAUGUUUGUGUUGGCCUGGGUCCUCCUCGUCAUCUCUACUGUUUAUGAGAACAAAUGGGGCAUCGCCGGCGGCUACUCGGUCUUCUUUUUUUUCUCCGGUACCUUUGUUGCCACCUGGAUCUCGUACUUAGAGCUCUUCGCCCUCCCGCGCAAAUCGGAGUACGCAAGCCAAUUCCGGCCCACCUCGCGCCGAGCCAGCAGCUACGGGGGAAGUCGACUCGGCACAGCCUCGGGCGAAGAACAUGACGAAGAGGGCCACGACGCGGAGGAGGAAGAGGAAGAGCCCACUGAAUCAACUUCCCUCCUCGGGGGUGGCCAGCGCACCACCUUCGCCAACUACGUGCGUGUUUCUGGCGACAACCGCGACUCGGACACCGACGAGCACUAUCACCCGGAUGUCUACAGGCACGAGCAACGCUGGAGCGCCUCGCUCCCGAAAUGGACUUGGACGCUUCAGUUCCUCCUGAUCGCCCCGUUGGUGCUCAUCAUGGUUGGGCCCCUGGCUCUCCUUCUGACCAGUGCGCUCCACCAAACCGGACAAGACGGCGGCUCCUCCCUGUUUAUCUACAUCGCCAUCGCCGCCCUCACCACGCUACUCCUGACGCCGCUCCUCCCCUUCGUCCACCGCCAAACCUCACACAUCCAUGUCUUCCUCCUCCUCAUCUUCGUUGGCACCUUGAUCUACAAUCUUGUCGCCUUCCCCUUCUCCCAGACCCACCGCCUGAAACUCUUCUUCCUCCAAGAGAUCAACCUCGACACCGGUGUCACCACUGCCUCACUCUCUGGCGUCCAACCCUAUGUCCAUGAUGCCGCAUCCACCCUCCCCAGCGCCUUCAAUCAGAACAUCAGCUGCGUUGAACACACCACACGCGGCACCAAAUGCUCCUGGCCGGGACUCGCCCCGCGUGUCGUUCCCGACACGCCUAUUUCCGACUGGCUCAACUUCACCAUCAGCAACCCUUCCAGCACUGCAGACGACACUGAGAAACCAAACCACGCCCGCAUCACCCUCUCCGGCCGCAACACCCGCGCCUGCAAGAUCGUCUUUGACUCACCCGUCUCCACCUUCAGCGUGCUUGGCUCUGCCACCGACCCCCGAUUCCCAACAUCCUCUCCCCACGGCUCCAAAGAAAUCCGCCUCUGGAGUCGCGACUGGGAGAACGAGUGGGUGGUGGAUGUCUCCUGGACUGGAAAUACCACCUCGUCCACAUCGUCCACAUCUGUAAUCACAGACGACGACGCGCUCACCGGCCGCGUCAUCUGUAUCUGGAGCGAUGCCAACACCGCGGGUCUCAUCCCGGCCUUGGACGAAGUGAAACAGUAUGCGCCUGCUUGGGUAGCCGUAACCAAGGCCGCGGAUGGGUUGGUCGAGGGGUCGAAGGGGUUUAGCAUCAAGCAUUAAGCCUUGAGUCAUCUGUGUCUAUCUGUUUAACUGUCGAUCUGUUUGUUUGUACGGUUGUUCCGCCCACUCCUUACCACCCCCUCAUUUAUU